GAAAGUUACACAAUGAAUACUGCUAAUGUUCUACUCACCAUUUCUACUGUCCUAGCUGCUGCCCGCGCUUUCGAUGCUAAGGUGGAAACCCAAGUAAUAUUUGACAGAUGGAGAAACCGCACCGAACAGGAACAUCCCGAGUGCUCGAAAACGUGGCCUAUAACGGACGACGAGAGGGAUAAGUACUUUCGCCAGUACACACUGACGGAUACGCCUACUUUCAAGUGUUACCUUCAUUGCAUCUUCAAGUCCUUUAAUCUUAUCGGCGAGGACGGAGGUGUCAACAGGGAUCAGUUCUAUAAAAUGUUUGAGAGGAUGACCUACGAGAUGGUGGACUUUUGUGAUGGUAGGGUUGUCGAGAAGGUCGACAAUUGCGAGAAGACCUUCGAGCUAAUCAAUUGCCUAUUGCAUUACGAGAAGGUGUACGCUUGAAGCUAUUUAGCGG